AUAUAUGAAAAGAGUGAAAGAACCAAAAUACACCCGGGUUUUUCUCGAAGUUCUAGUUUGCUGUCACCAGCACACCCAGUACAUCGAGCUUAUCCGGUCGGGUCUUGGUGCGGAAGCCAAGACAACAAUAGCAAAUUGUUCAACAUAUUCGAACUUCGAAUAAGAUGGACCCAGAUCGUUGGAACUCUCUCACACCCGCGCAACAAGACGCUUUCCUCAAUGGUCCCGCUCUAGCACCACCGGCUGGAGUCAAGUCGAACUUCGUCGACCCCCCAAACCAUAAUGCCACGGUUAUCGGUGUUACUACCAUGUGUGUGGCCCUCGCGGCCGUGAUGGUGCUUUUGCGGGCCUAUUCGAAGUUGUGCGUCUCGAAAAAGGUCAAUAUUGAAGAUGUGCUGGGUCUCAUAGCAUUUGGAACAUACGUUGGGGCAAUCUGGAGUAUCCUCCACGCUGUUCAUCUAGGUGGCUUCUUUGUCCAUCAGUGGGAUGUUACCUUUGGGGUGUUUCAGAACGUACUUUACGUGGGUUUAUUUCUUGAUUCCGGAUUUCUACGCCUUCACCAUGUUAUUUGCUAAAACGGCCAUUAUACUGGAAUGGAUGCGCAUCUUCGUUCCCAAGGGCACGCGUAACUUUUUCUUCUGGACAUGUCUAUCGAUACUGUCCGUCAACGCAGCAUUCUAUGUUGUUG